ACACACACACACACACACACACAGGAUUGUUGGUGGAGUGGACAGUCUAGGAGAGAUGAUCUGAACUAAUCCAGUAGCAGUUGCUCGCGCAGGGGAUUGUGGGUGAUCCGCUGCAGCACGAAAGGGAAAAUGAAAGCUCGGAGGCGCGCGCCACGAUCACGCGGCUGAAACUCAGGUAAAAGUGAAUGCUAUUCUUACUGAGGCAUCAAGCUAAGAAUGUGAGCGGAGCAAUCAAGUACUAAAACUACUUUCCUCCAGUAUAUACAUUUCAUUCAAACCUCCAAUAUGGAUUUGUUACUUCCGGUCUUUAUCUUAAUGGCUUUCCUUGGCACAUGCCUGUCCUCUGAAAACGUCAACACUGCAGCUGAAAACAUCCACGUAGCGACCAAUGGCCUCCCUUUUCCCUGGAGCAAGUUGCGCCUCCCGAAUUACAUCAUUCCCAUACAUUAUCAUCUGCUCAUCCAUCCCAACCUCACCACUGAGAGUUUCAACGGUUCAGUCAAGAUAGAAAUUGACGUGAAGAACAACACAAACUGGGUGGUCCUGCACAGCAAGAACCUCGACAUCGUUACAGCUACUGUCCUAGAUGAGAGUGAGGCUCACGUGUCUGAUAAAGUGCUUCCUGUUCUGGAGUAUCCUUCCCACGAGCAGAUCGCCAUCUUCUCUCCAAAGAUCCUGUCUUCAGGAGAAAAGUACUUUCUUUAUCUGGAAUUCGGUGCAGUAUUGGUCGAUGGUUUUUCAGGCUUUUACAGAAGUACCUACAAAAGUAAAGACGGAGAAACGAGGGUGUUGGCGUCCACUCACUUUGAGCCGACCUCUGCACGGAUGGCUUUUCCAUGUUUUGAUGAGCCUGUAUUCAAAGCCAACUACUCUGUCCGUAUCAGAAGGGGAGCCUCUCACAUUGCACUAUCCAACAUGCCCAUAGAGCAGACAAUGAAAUUAGAUGGGGGUCUGUUAGAGGAUCGGUUUGAAACGAGUGUACGGAUGAGCACUUAUCUGGUGGCCUUCAUCGUCUGUGACUUCAAGUCCGUCAGCGGGCGAACUGCGACAGGGAUUGAUGUUUCUGUUUACGCAGCACCAAACAAGUGGCACCAAACCCACUAUGCCCUUGAAGCUGCUAUUAAGCUUUUGGAGUUUUAUGAGACGUACUUUAAUAUCUACUAUCCACUCCCCAAGCUAGAUUUGAUAGCGAUUCCAGAUUUCCAGUCUGGAGCGAUGGAAAACUGGGGUCUGACCACCUACAGAGAAACAGCUCUCCUGUAUGACCCAGAGCUCUCCUCUACAUCAGACAAACUCUGGGUUACUUUGGUGAUAGGACAUGAGUUGGCCCAUCAGUGGUUUGGAAACCUGGUAACUAUGGAGUGGUGGAAUGACAUAUGGCUUAAUGAAGGCUUUGCACAGUAUAUGGAGUUUGUUUCCGUUGAAGCGACGUAUCCGCAACUGAAAGCGGAGGAUUAUUUGUUGGACACCUGCUUUUUAGCGGUUGGUCGAGAUUCACUCGACUCCUCCAGAGCAAUCUCGUCCUCUGCGGAGAAUCCCACUCAGAUAAAAGAAAUGUUUGAUACAGUGUCCUAUGACAAGGGGGCAUGCAUUCUACACAUGCUGAGGCAUUUCCUGACAGAUGAUGUGUUCCAGAGUGGCAUAGUCAGGUACCUGAGAAAGUUCAAAUACAGGAACGCCAAAAACGAGGACCUGUGGGACAGCCUGGUCAAUACGUGCUCUGAAGAAGAUUUUACAUUGGGAGAAUACUGCUAUAGUGACAAACAGGCUACCAAAAAUGCUUAUCUGUUUGCAGGAGAGCACAUAGACCUGAAGAAGAUGAUGUACACAUGGACUCUACAGAAGGGAAUCCCUUUGGUGACUGUGAAGCGACAGGGAACCAAGCUUUACAUCGAACAGGAGAGGUUCCUAAAGACAGUUCAGCCCAGUGACCCACUGUGGCACUCAAUGCAAACUGGCUAUCUUUGGCACAUUCCUUUGACCUACAAAACAAGCCACUCCAGCGAAGAAAUUAAACAUAUAUUACAGACAAAAUCAGAUAUGUUGAUGCUGGAUCAGGAAGUGGACUGGGUGAAGUUUAACACAGACAUGAACGGUUACUACAUUAUCCACUAUGACAUGGAGGGCUGGAGUGCACUAAUUCAACUGAUGCAAGUGAACCACAGUGCCAUGAGCUUUAAGGACAGAGCCAACCUCAUUCACAAUGCCUUUCAGCUCGUCACUGCAGGGCGCUUGACACUGGACCAGGCUUUCGAUCUGCUUACCUACUUAAAGUCUGAGACACACAACGUUCCCCUUCUCCAAGGCAUCGGCUAUUUAGAAUCGUUUUACAAGAUGAUAGAGAAGAGAAAUGUAGCUGAUGUCACUCAAAACCUCAAGACCUACAUCCUGCAGUAUUUUAGAAACGUGAUCGACAAGCAGACCUGGAGCACGGAGGGCACAGUCUCUGAUAGGAAGCUACGCUCAGAACUUCUAUCCCUAGCGUGUGAUCUUGGUUAUUCUCCUUGUGUGGAAAAGGCCAAACAUUUCUUUCAAAGCUGGAUGAGCUCUAAUGGAACCAACAGCUUACCCACCGAUGUGGCUGAGACGAUCUACACAGUCGGAGCCCAGAAUGAUAUCGGUUGGCAGUACCUGCUGGAAAAGUAUGCGCUUUCUAUAAGUGCGGCAGAGAAAAGCAAAAUCCUCUCAGCACUGAGCAGCAACAAGGAUCCAGCUAAGCUGCUAAGGCUGCUAGAGCUUGGAAUGGAAGGCUCAGUGGUGAAAGCCCAGGAUUUAUCUACACUGAUAUACACUGUAGCCAGAAAUCCAGCAGGUCAUUUCCUAGCCUGGGAGUUUGUGAAGAGCAACUGGUAUAAACUGGUAAAAAGAUUUCAGCUUGGAUCAUUCUCCAUCAGAAAUAUCAUCAUAGGUACAACUGGGCAGUUUUCAUCUAAAGACGAGCUUGCUGAUAUCAAGGAUUUUUUCGAUUCCAUUCGAGAACAGUCGUCUCAGCUCCGCGUCACUCAAGUGGCUGUGGAGAACGUGGAGAAAAACAUUUUGUGGUUGGAGAGGAAUUUAGAAACUCUGAGGAUGUGGUUACAGAAGAGACUCAAUUAGAUAUUUCACCUGUUUCUGCUUUAGGAAAACAUACAUAAGAAUUAAGACAUUUCCAUUCUUUAUUUUUUAUAAGCCAAUAAGCACAUUUCCAAUCAGAAUGCACCAGUUUCGAUGAGAAAGUUUGACCUGCAUUAAGCAUGUUUUUUUUUUUAUAUAUUUCAGGUUAAAUGGACAUAUGGGAAAUAGAUGUGUUGCCUGUAUAGUAAUUGGUGUUCCAUUUCCUUUAGGUUUUCUAUAAUUAAUAAUUUAAACAUUGUUUAAAUAUAGUUACUAUAAUUUGCUGGUUUCUGGUUCUUUCAAAAAAUAAAAAUAAAGCUCACCGUACCUGUCAAAAGAUAGAAACAUCUAGUAUUUUAUUGUUUUUGAGACACAUGGAUGUUGCUGUUGUUUCUAUGCAACAAACUGUGGAAAAUACAAAAACACACAAGGAUUGUACAGUUAAUUAAUGGAAUUAAGUUCUAUGAACAUAUGAAUCCAAAUUUGACAUUUAACUUGUGUAAGAUGGAGAACUGGGAAGAAGAUGUUAACAGACUGCCUCACACCUAUAGUCAAACAUGGAGCUGGAAGCCUAAUGGUUUAGGGUUGUGUUGGAGCAGGGAAGGUUAGAGCGUGAUCUAUUAUGGAAUGGCCUGCUCAGUUACUGGACCUAAAUCCUAUUAAACUGCUAUAAGAGGAAUUGGAUUUCAAGGUCAGAAAGAAAUAUCCAACUAGGAUUGAACACCUCCAGCAAGUUUUACAAGAGAAGUAUUUCAGCUGAAUGUUUGGAGAAAAUAACUGUAAAGAAGUGACUCAUGCUAAAGGAGGAUUGUUCAUUGAAAAGAAAGUUGAAUAUAUGUACAUUUAUAUAUUUGUAUGGUCAAAGUAAAUAUUCAUGCUGUUAGUUUACUUAGUUUGUCGCAUAUAAACGCAAGGAACAUGCAUGUGUCUUUCAAAAACAUUUAAAAACUAGCUGUUUCCUAACUUUUGUCACACUGUGUGUAAGUGGGUCAUCAUUUUGACUUCCUGAGUGACCUGAUUUUGUUUUCUAAUUCACAACCUAUUGCGGUCUCUUUAUUAAAAUUAUACAUAAAUGUCUAA